UAAAAGCCCAAGAUCAACUUAUCAAAGUUCACUUUUCUACUGGAAAUAAUGUUCCGUUAAUCGACAAACUCUUGACUGCCCUCCAAGGUAACACUUCUUUGGAAGAGAUGGACAUAUUUCACACGAGCCUUCCCAACACUUUCUUUCAUCUUCUAUCCACUUGCAAAGUGCUAAACAAACUUGUGCUUAUUGGCUGUAAGCAACAUGAUCAACCAUUUAAUUUGGAUUUAAGUUCCCUGCAAAUUAUACAUUUUUUUUGCAAAAACAACAUUAUUCAUCCCGAAAAUCUACGAUUACUUUUUUCCGCUGCAAGCUCUACGUUGACUACUUUAAUAUUGGACACUGCACCAUUAGAUGUAUUAUCAACGUUAUCACCACGUUGCCGUCAGCUUCGUCACCUUGUUUUGGGAAUCACAUCACAACCUUACGAUUUAAUUGAAUUGUUGCAAGAUCUUCAAAAUUUAGAAUAUUUAACGUUUUGUCACGUGUCAAAAAGAUUUGUCUCAAUUUAUCACCAUGACUUUUACGUACGAUUAGGACCGUCACUUCCAAUAUUCUUGCAACAUUUACAUACCGAAUACAUAGCCACCCCGGAUGACGUCAUGAAGUUUUUCAGAGGCUGUAUUGCUCCAAUAACGAUACUUGGAUUAAAUCAACCAUGUGGAAUUAAUAAAUUUCAUCUCAUAGUUAUAUGUGAAUUUAUCCGAAGAAAAAAAUUCCCAUUAAAAACAUUACAAUACGAUGGAAGUGAUAAAGAGUACAUUAUAAAAAGUUCUAAUUUUCCAUCGGAAUUUUUGGAUCCUCUUAAAGAGUUUUUGACAUUUGAAGUGGAGACAAUACAUCCUUUCGAUAUCGAUCGUUGGUCUCAUCCGAGGUAA